ACGCACAAGAGAGUGAAAAGAGUAAGAAGAAGAUUUGAAAAGAAGGGUGAUGGGGUUGCAGGUGAGAGUGUUUCUUGUGACAGUGGCAGUGUUUGUGUUGGCAUCAAAGGAGUUGAUUUUGGAGGCUGAGGGAGCUGGAGAAUGUGGAAGGACCCCUAUUGGGUCUGCAGCGGCUAGUUUGAGUCCAUGCUUGGGUGCUGUCCGUAAUGUGAAGGCAAAGGUUCCACCAGCUUGUUGCGCCAGAGUUGGUGCUCUGCUCAGGACAGCUCCAAAAUGCCUCUGUGCUGUUCUUUUGUCCCCUCUUGCAAAGCAAGCUAAGAUCAACCCUGCCACUGCUAUCACUAUUCCAAAGAGAUGCAACAUCAAGAACCGACCCGCAGGAAAGAAAUGUGGAAGGUACACUCUCCCUUGAAAUCAAA